AUGGCCUCAAUACCACCACCUCCUCCCCCGGGAUGGGGUGCUGGAGCGCCGCCUCCUCCUCCGCCUGGCAUGGCUCCCCCACCUCCAGGUUAUCGUCCCCCGGUCGACCCUCGAGUCGCAAAGUUUGCACAGAAAAAGAAAGAGUGGCUCCGGACGCAGCGCAAUCGCUAUGGCGAAAAGAGGAAGGGUGGUUUCGUGGAAACGCAAAAGGCCGACAUGCCGCCGGAGCAUCUGAGGAAGAUUGUCAAGGACAUUGGGGACGUCAGCCAAAAGAAGUUCAGCAGCGACAAAAGAAGUUAUCUAGGCGCGUUAAAGUACAUGCCGCACGCAGUGUUCAAGCUGCUGGAAAACAUGCCUAUGCCCUGGGAGAGUGCAAGGGAAGUCAAAGUGUUGUACCAUGUCAACGGGUGCCUGACACUCGUAAACGAGAUCCCGCGGGUCAUCGAGCCGGUCUUUCACGCGCAAUGGGCAACCAUGUGGGUUUCGAUGAGACGAGAAAAGAGCGACAGACGUCAUUUCAAGCGGAUGCGCUUCCCUCCUUUCGACGACGAAGAACCGCCGCUGUCUUGGUCGGAGAAUAUUGAAGACGUGGAGCCGCUGGAACCUAUUCAGAUGGAACUAGAUGAGAACGAGGAUGGCCCUGUGUACGAAUGGUUCUACGAACAUCGGCCCCUUCUGGACACGCCGCACGUUAACGGUCCAAGUUACAAAACGUGGAACUUGACGCUGCCGCAAAUGGCUACCCUGUACCGACUUUCUCACCAGCUGCUGAGCGACGUGGUGGACAAGAAUUAUUUCCACAUGUUCGAUCGUGAAAGCUUCUUCACCGCGAAGGCUCUAAACGUUGCCAUUCCCGGCGGACCGAGAUUUGAGCCUCUGUACAAGGAUAUUGACCCCAAUGACGAGGAUUUCGGCGAGUUCAACGCAAUCGAUCGAAUCAUCUUCCGCGCCCCGAUCCGGACCGAGUACAGAGUUGCAUUCCCAUAUUUGUACAACUCGCUGCCACGGAGUGUCAAACUUUCGUGGUAUUCCCACCCACAAGUUGUUUAUGUGAGAUCAGAGGAUCCCAACUUGCCAGCGUUUUAUUUUGAUCCCGUCAUCAACCCCAUCUCUUCGAGGUCGGUGGCGCCAAAGAAUAUCACUAUCAGCCAUGAGGACGAAAUCUUCGGUGAAGGCAAUAGUGAGGACGACGAAUUCGAGCUUCCAGGCAAUGUUGAGCCAUUCCUCGCGGACGAGGAACUGUACACCAGCGAGACAGCUUCUGCCAUCGCUUUAUGGUGGGCGCCUUUCCCAUUUGACCGGAGAUCCGGAAGAAUGGUUCGUGCCCAGGAUGUCCCUCUGGUCAAGCAGUGGUAUCUGGAGCACUGCCCGCCCGGCCAGCCAGUCAAAGUCCGAGUUUCUUACCAGAAACUAUUGAAGACCUAUGUUCUAAAUGAACUGCAUCGGAAGAAGCCCAAGGCACAAAAUAAACAAGAUCUUCUCAAGACGCUGAAAUCCACCAAGUUCUUCCAGCAAACGACCAUUGACUGGGUAGAGGCGGGUUUGCAGGUUUGCCGACAAGGAUUCAAUAUGCUAAACCUCCUUAUCCAUCGCAAGAACUUGACGUAUCUACAUUUGGAUUACAACUUCAAUCUUAAACCUGUCAAGACGUUGACGACGAAAGAACGCAAGAAGUCGAGAUUCGGCAAUGCAUUCCACUUGAUGCGUGAGAUCCUGAGACUCACCAAGCUCAUUGUCGAUGCUCAAGUCCAAUACAGACUUGGCAACAUCGAUGCAUUCCAACUGGCUGAUGGCAUCCUCUACGCUUUCAACCACGUCGGACAGUUGACGGGCAUGUACCGGUACAAAUACAAGCUCAUGCAUCAGAUCAGAUCGUGCAAAGACCUGAAGCACUUGAUUUAUUAUCGCUUCAACUCUGGACCAGUCGGAAAAGGGCCGGGUUGCGGCUUCUGGGCGCCGGCCUGGAGAGUGUGGCUCUUCUUCAUGCGCGGCAUUAUCCCUCUUCUUGAGAGAUGGCUUGGGAAUUUGUUAUCCAGACAAUUUGAAGGCCGUCACAGCAAGGGCGUGGCAAAGACGGUCACAAAGCAACGUGUUGAGUCUCAUUUCGACCUUGAACUUCGAGCAUCGGUCAUGGCAGACUUGAUGGAUAUGAUGCCUGAAGGUAUCAGGCAGAACAAAGUCAAUACCGUACUUCAGCAUCUCUCCGAAGCGUGGCGAUGCUGGAAGAGCAAUAUCCCUUGGAAAGUCCCGGGCCUACCAGCACCAAUCGAAAACAUCAUCUUGCGAUAUGUCAAAAGCAAGGCUGACUGGUGGAUCUCUGUGGCUCAUUAUAACCGAGAGCGCAUCAGGAGAGGCGCAACCGUCGACAAGACAGUGGCUAAGAAGAAUCUAGGUCGAUUGACGCGAUUGUGGUUGAAAGCUGAACAAGAAAGACAGCAUAAUUACAUGAAAGACGGUCCAUAUGUUUCCUCGGAGGAAGCUGUUGCCAUCUACACAACCACCGUCCACUGGCUUGAGUCGCGGAAGUUCUCACCUAUUCCCUUCCCCAGUGUGUCUUAUAAGCAUGACACGAAGAUUCUCAUCCUGGCCCUGGAAAGACUGAGGGAGGCAUACUCUGUAAAGGGCAGGUUGAAUCAGAGUCAGAGAGAAGAACUUGCCUUGAUCGAACAGGCUUACGAUUCGCCAGGGACUACCCUCGCUAGAAUCAAGCGUUUCUUGUUGACUCAACGGGCGUUCAAAGAAGUCGGCAUCGACAUGAACGACAAUUACAGCUCGAUCAACCCCGUAUACGAUGUUGAGCCAAUCGAGAAGAUCACAGAUGCAUACCUUGACCAAUAUCUCUGGUAUCAGGCUGACACCCGCCAUCUCUUCCCAUCGUGGGUCAAGCCUUCAGAUUCAGAGGUGCCUCCGCUUUUGGUUUACAAGUGGGCUCAGGGUAUCAACAAUCUGACAAAUGUUUGGGAAACUGCUGAUGGAGAAUGUAACGUCAUGAUCGAAACGCAGCUUUCCAAAGUGUACGAGAAGAUUGAUCUGACUUUGCUCAACCGGCUGCUUCGAUUGAUCAUGGAUCACAACUUGGCUGACUAUAUCACUUCCAAGAACAAUGUCCAGCUGAAUUACAAAGAUAUGAAUCAUACGAACAGCUACGGCAUGAUCAGGGGUCUUCAGUUCUCAGGCUUCGUUUUCCAAUAUUACGGGCUGGUCAUCGACCUGCUUCUCCUUGGCCUUCAACGAGCGAGUGAGCUCGCCGGACCGCCUCAGAGUCCGAACGACUUCUUGCAAUUCCGAGACAGAGAAACGGAGACUCGACAUCCUAUCAGGCUGUACACACGAUAUAUUGACAAGAUUUGGGUCUUCUUCAGAUUCACCGCAGAAGAGUCGAAGGACUUGAUCCAGCGCUUCUUGACCGAACAGCCAGAUCCAAACUUUGAGAACGUGAUUGGGUAUCGGAACAAGAAAUGCUGGCCUAGGGAUUCCCGAAUGAGGUUAAUGAGGCACGACGUCAACCUUGGCCGGGCCGUAUUCUGGGAUUUGAAGAACAGAUUACCUCGUUCAAUCACCACAAUCGAGUGGGAUGACACAUUCGCGAGUGUCUAUUCCCGGGACAAUCCCAACCUUUUAUUCUCAAUGUGCGGCUUCGAAGUCAGGAUCUUGCCCAAGAUCCGGAACCAGAAUGACGAAUUCCCCAUCAAAGACAGCGUUUGGGCUCUAGCCAACAAUGAAACUAAAGAGAGGACCGCCUACGCAUUCUUGCAGGUCACUGAAGAAGAUAUCCAGAAAUUCAAUAACCGCAUAAGGCAGAUCUUGAUGUCCUCCGGCUCCACAACAUUUACCAAGAUCGCAAACAAGUGGAACACAACGUUGAUUGCUCUGUUUACCUACUACCGAGAGGCCGCCGUGUCCACUGUCAACUUGCUGGACACCAUUGUCAAGUGCGAGACCAAAAUUCAAACCCGCGUGAAGAUUGGCUUGAACUCUAAGAUGCCUUCUCGCUUUCCCCCGGCUGUUUUCUAUACGCCGAAGGAGCUGGGUGGUCUCGGCAUGAUCUCAGGAUCUCAUAUCUUGAUCCCCACCAGUGACAAGCGAUGGUCCAAGCAAACCGAUACUGGUGUUACUCAUUAUCGAGCUGGUAUGUCUCACGACGAAGAAACCUUGAUUCCCAAUAUCUUCCGAUACAUUAUCCCUUGGGAGGCCGAAUUCAUCGACUCCCAACGAGUCUGGACAGAGUAUUCCCAGAAGCGGAUGGAAGCCAAUCAGCAGAAUCGAAGACUUACUCUCGAAGAUCUGGAGGACAGCUGGGACAGAGGUCUCCCGCGGAUCAAUACUCUCUUCCAGAAGGACCGGAGCACUCUGAGCUUCGACAAAGGCUUCAGAACCCGUACCGAAUUCAAGCAAUAUCAACUGAUGAAGAGCAAUCCUUUCUGGUGGACGAGUCAGAGGCACGAUGGGAAGCUCUGGAACCUGAACGCCUAUCGAACCGACGUCAUCCAAGCCCUGGGUGGUGUCGAGACAAUUUUGGAACACACCUUGUUCAAGGCAACAGCUUUCCCAUCCUGGGAGGGUCUCUUCUGGGAGAGAGCGUGUCUUGCCAAUGGCACUAUGCUGCUGCGCUAUGAUGGCUCCCAGGUCGCUGUCGAAGAGGUUGUGGAAGGAGAUCUCCUUCUGGGGCCUGAUGGUGGUCCUCGCCGCGCUUUCAACAUUGUCAACGGAACGGACCGUCUGUAUAGGAUCAAGAUCAGAUCGGAUGUGGAGGAUCUCGUUGUCACGCCUAACCACAUUUUAGUCCUAUACCAUGAGAAGAACAGCGGGAGCCAACACACCGGGUCCAGAAACUUUGAGGACUUCCGCCAGUCCAGCUCUGAUCUCGCCGAUACUGAUCGGCCUGGGAGUUUCGUCAAGACCGCUCGACGCUAUGAAACUGUCGAGCUUACAGCGGCAGAAUUCGCGGCUCUGAAGCCUACACAGAGGGCUCAAUAUAGGCUUUUCCGAUCACCUGGGUUUGCGCUGCCAAAGCACACUGUGGCAGUCGACCCAGAAGCGCACAGCUUUAUCGUUCAGGACAUUUUCCUCGAGUCAGAAUCCACAAAAUGGGCUGGUUUCCGAGUUGACAAAGAUCAACUCUAUCUUCGCCAUGAUUACCUCGUGCUUCACAACAGCGGUUUUGAAGAGUCGAUGAAAUUCAAGAAACUCACGAACGCUCAACGUUCCGGUUUGAAUCAAAUUCCCAACCGUCGCUUCACCCUGUGGUGGUCGCCCACUAUAAACAGAGCAAAUGUCUACGUUGGUUUCCAGGUGCAGCUCGAUUUGACCGGCAUUUUCCUUCAUGGCAAAAUUCCUACCUUGAAAAUUAGUUUGAUCCAAAUCUUCCGAGCCCACUUGUGGCAGAAAAUCCACGAAUCCGUGGUCAUGGACUUGUGUCAAGUUUUCGAUCAGGAACUGGAGCAAUUAGGCAUCGAGACGGUGCAGAAAGAGACGAUCCACCCUCGAAAAUCGUACAAAAUGAACAGCUCUUGCGCUGAUAUUCUCCUCCUGGCGAGUCACAAGUGGAACGUGACUCGACCUUCUCUUCUUUUCGACACGAAAGAUCAAAUCGAAGCCACGACAACUAAUAAAUUUUGGGUCGACGUCCAAUUGCGAUACGGUGAUUACGAUUCUCACGAUAUUGAACGCUACGUCCGAGCCAAAUACCUCGACUACACCACUGACAGCAUGAGCAUCUACCCUUCGGCGACUGGUCUGAUGGUUGGUAUUGACCUCGCGUACAAUCUCUAUUCUGCAUAUGGGCAAUACUUCCCUGGCCUGAAGGCGUUGGUCCAACAGGCUAUGGCCAAGAUUAUGAAAGCGAAUCCGGCGCUGUACGUGCUCCGCGAACGUAUCAGGAAGGGUCUGCAGCUAUACGCGUCCGAAAGCACUCAAGAGUUCUUGAAUUCUCAGAACUAUUCGGAGCUGUUCAGCAACCAGACUCAACUGUUCAUUGAUGACACCAAUGUUUAUCGUGUCACUAUCCACAAGACAUUUGAGGGUAAUCUGACGACGAAGCCUAUCAACGGUGCCGUUUUCGUGUUCAACCCGAAGACUGGACAGUUGUUCUUGAAAAUCAUCCACACCAGCGUGUGGGCUGGUCAAAAGCGUCUUGGACAAUUGGCUAAAUGGAAGACUGCCGAAGAAGUGGCCGCAUUGAUCAGAUCUCUGCCCGUCGAAGAACAGCCCAAGCAACUGAUUGUUACUCGGAAAGGUCUCCUCGAUCCCCUCGAAGUACACCUGUUGGACUUCCCGAAUGUUUCGAUUAGAGCUUCGGAGCUCCAGCUGCCGUUCCAGGCUGCGAUGAAGGUGGAAAAACUGGCCGACAUGAUUCUGCAAGCCAAGGAGCCACAGAUGGUUCUGUUCAACCUGUACGAUGACUGGUUGAAGUCGAUAUCGUCGUACACGGCGUUUUCCAGACUGAUUCUCAUUCUCCGUGCUUUGCAUGUGAACACGGACAAGACGAAGCUACUUCUCCGACCUGACAAGACCGUCAUUACUCAAGCACAUCACAUCUGGCCCACUCUUUCGGACGAAGACUGGAUCAAAGUCGAAGUUCAGCUGCGAGAUCUUAUCUUGAACGAUUACGGCAAGAAGAACAAUGUCAACGUCCAGUCCCUCACCAGCAGCGAAGUGCGAGACAUCAUUUUGGGUAUGGAAAUAUCGGCACCGUCGAUGCAGCGCCAACAAGCGGCCGAGAUUGAGAAGCAGCAACAAGAGCAGCAACAACUGACUGCGGUGACCACCAAGACGCAAAAUGUUCGGGGCGAGGAGAUCAUUGUGACGACGACAUCGCAAUACGAGCAACAGUCCUUCGCCUCCAAGACCGAAUGGCGGACACGGGCGAUUGCGACAUCGAACCUGAGGACGCGUGCCAACAAUAUCUACAUCUCGAGCGAUGACAUUCACGAAGUGGACGACUCGUACACGUAUGUGCUCCCGAAGAACAUACUCAAAAAAUUCAUCGCCAUCGCGGACCUGCGGGUGCAGGUGGCCGGAUAUCUGUACGGCUCGUCGCCGCCGGACAAUGAUCAGGUCAAGGAAAUCCGCACCAUCGUGAUGGUCCCGCAGGUUGGGUCCACACGAGAGGUACAAUUACCUCACCAACUUCCGCAACACGAGUAUCUCAAGACAAUGGAACCACUGGGAAUCAUUCAUACAGUCAGUGGUAAUGAGACGCCCUACAUGAGCGCAGCAGAUGUGACGAUGCAUUCACGGCUGAUGGCCCAACAUCCCAGUUGGGACAAAAAGACCAUCACCUUGACCGUGUCAUUCACACCGGGUUCGGUCUCGCUCAGCUCGUGGACACUGACCCCACAGGGAUACGCUUGGGGGGCCUCGAACAAGGACACACAGUCCGACAAUCCGGCGGGCUUUUCGACAUCGUUUGGCGUCAAAACCCAACUACUCCUGUCUGACAAGAUCCGGGGCUAUUUCCUGGUACCUGAGACGGACGUGUGGAACUACAGUUUCAUGGGGGCCCAGUUCUCGACGGUUGAGAAGCGGCCCGUGUACGUCAAGAUCGAUACGCCGCGACGAUUCUACGACGAUCUGCACCGGCCGGUGCAUUUCAGUAGCUUCAAUGAGUUGGAAGACAUUUGGGCUGAUCGGGAGGAUGCAUUUGCGUGA